AUGAUCUUCAGCCAGGAUGCUAAGCACAUCAAGUUUAUUCAACUAUGUUCAGUCAUUGGAAAGUAUAGGCAAAUUGAUCAUCAGAAGGAAGGCAACGGAAAUCUCUACACGGUUUUGCGCAUUAAGAACAGGUCUAGCAAUGUUAGCGAGAGCUCUUCCCAAGACAUGAUAGUGAAUAUGCAUGGCAGAAUGUUCUCAGACAAGAUAUACUGGCAAGUAGCAGACCAACCGGGAAUGGAAGGUCCGAAUUAUCUCCGCAUUGUCGAUUUGGAGGGUAAAGAAGUAAAGGGUUUUGUCAUCCUUGAACAGGGGAUAAAGAACAAUUGGGUACUCACAGAUUGGUAA